AUGGGAGAAAAUUUCAAAAAUGAUAAAGACAUACGAUCAUAUAAUGCUUUAAAAAAUAAUGAGAGUUAUUCAGCCAGCAAUAGAACAAAUACGGGUGCAAACUUUGCAGGUGGUAGAGAGACGGAUCCCUUUUCCGACAUGAGUGACAACCAGGAGGGAUCUAAUAAUACUAGUGCUUGUGUGGAGAGGGAGACUACGCAGGGGUGGUCAGCAGACGGUAGGGAAAGGCACCCCAACCAGGUGCAUGAAACAACGCAAGGGGGAAAAGACGAACAAACCCAGAAAGGUAAAAAGGGGGAACAUACAGAUCAUAGUGACGACUCUGCAAAAAAGGGCAAACAAUGCCCAUCCAACAGCGCUCAGGACAACCCCCAACACAAAAAUAACCCGCUUAACAUACACCCGGGGAACACAAACAGCGCUAAAGAAGAACACAUAAAUAACGACGCAGAACAUUUCGAAAGUACAACUGACGAACCAAAUGAAGCCACAGAGUUCUGUCACAUGGGCGGAAAAGAUCAAACGAGAAGGCCCAAUUGUGAGGGAAAUUCCGAAUCUGGAAGGAACCCUGAAUUUGCACAGGAACAACAAUUUAGUAAUAGCCCAAAUGAAGGCUCAAACAAAUGGGCAGAAAAUGAUGAGGACAUUCCCAAUAUUUUUGAAGUAGAUGAAAAUUUAAGUGAAGAAGAAAAAAAAGAAAAAUUAAAACUGAUAAAAUUGAUUACGGAAAAAUUAGCUGGCCCUUUAAAAACCAACAGUCAGGACAACCUCAACAGUGGUUCCGAGGGGGGACAGAACAGUGGCGAAGACUCCAUCUUUGCUGAUAAUCGACCCAUAGCAAUAGAGGUUGAUGGGCCCUCUCACUUUUACGCUAACAGUAACAGGUACACGACGUACACGAAAUUGAAGCAUAGGAUUCUGACCAAAUUAGGCUACAACGUCAUCCACAUUAGCUACAUCGACUGGCGCAAACUGAGGAACAAAAGCGAACGGGAGGAAUUCAUUUUAAAAAAGCUGAAAGAAAAAAAUGACGAAUUUUUGGACGAAAAUGACAGGAUAUAUUACAAUGAGAGGAUGAACAUGAUUAAGGAGGAUUACAAAAAGUUCAUGAAGGAGAAAAAGGAAAGUAGCUCCUAA